AUGAAACAACUAGGAUUGAAUGACAUAUCAUUCAAGCAAAGUGAUGAGAUCUCGUUGUCACAGCGGUUUGCCUACUUAUCGCAUGCCAUAAUAUGCGCCCAAGCAGCCACAGAUGCAAAAACAAAAGCCAUGGUGCAGGACCUCCGGGACAAGGUGGAAGUGGCUCAUAUACAAAUGGCUAUAAAGGAUUGUGUAGAUCUACAAACACCAAGCCAACAAAAUCUUGUGAAACUGCUCGAUGGCCCUAUUCUUCCGCUGCAUGAUCUUCUACAAAAGUUCGCGAGUCCACUCGGCUUGUACAAGGUACAAUUGGCCAUAUUCCACUGUGCAAAUCUUUAUAGCGAAGAGCCGAUAAUGGCUGUGUGGGAAAAUAUUCUGCAGUCUGAAUUCAAAUAUGAAGGCGAGGUACCCGAACGAUUACUGAGUACACUACAUGAUCUGCAUUCAAUUUAUGGGCAUACGAAGUAUUUCCCUCGAAACUAUAUUUUGCGGCGGUUGCUUGAGCUUGGCUCGGGUAUGACCGGACGAUUGAAAAGAGGUGUCCUGCCUGCAAGCUUCUACGUGUCAUUGAUAUCAAAAUUGAACCUCAGUUUCAUUGAAUUUAUAGAGCUUCUCUCAUCGGAAUACAGAGCGGGUGAUCCGUGGUGGACUCAGAAUGAAAGUGGUCAACGAUACAUUAUGGAAGUUGGUAUAGCUGUUGUUCAAGCAUUUCUCGAUAGUGGAACGAAGUACACGCCUAGUGAGAGAGCGAAAAUCGCUAGCAUGUGUGAUUCUUGUGUGUCGAUGUUUUCAUUGGACGCUAGAGCGGUCUCUUCCACCCAUCUUCUUCAACUCGAUCGUCACUUCUCAGCUCUCCACCU